AUGAAAGUUAAGUGCGGAUCGCUUUCCCAGGAGUAGUAUUAAAUUUAGUAAAAAAACAUAAAUUUACGACUUGUAUGAAACCUGGGAGCAUUGAUAUUGACUCAGGCUCAGUGAUUUACAGUAUUAGAACUGCUGUCACAAUCGAGGGAUUCUCCAAUAACACAAAUCCCGGUGUCUACUAAAGAGUCAGAUCAGCUGAAGCGACAGUUUACGUUAUCCUGAUCACUCAUAACUUUACUUAUUUUACAUUAUUGUCUGCAUUAUUGUGCACUUCCUACGGUUAUUCUUUAGUGUUUACAACUUUGACGUGGAUGGCUUUCAUCUGGCGUGACUGAGAAAGGUCUGCGGACGGAGGGAGCGAGCCCGGCCGAGUCCGACAGGAAUGACCGAGAAGAAGUGAACUCCAAAGGCUCGCCAUGAUCGGGACGCAAGAUGGCGCCCCCAACUCCAAGGCCAACCUCACCUCCUCCUCCACCUCCUCCUCUUCCUCUUCCUCCUCCUCGUCCCCCUCCAAGCAUGUGGGCAGGUCCUCGUCGGUGCCCACAGAGAGGCCGCCCUUGAGCCACACCUCCUCCCCCUCGGAGGCCUCGGGCGACUUCCACCACAAGCUCUCCUCCUCGACCUCCUCCUUGCACAACUCGUCGCCCUCGCACCUCGUUAAGUCGGCCUCCACCUCCACCCUCACCUCCGCCUCCAACACCAAAACCUCGGCCACCUCCACCGUGUCGAGCGGCGGCGGGUCCCAGCGCGCGCGAGGGGGCGGCAGCGCGGCCAAGAAGGACGCGCCGGCCGGAGACAAGGACAAGGGCGAACUCUACGAUAAAGGUAAGUAUUGGCGCCUCGGGUCCGGUAUUUGUGGCGGAAGGCGAAGGUAAUUUGCAUGUUUAAGCCUAUUGUUUAACAGGGAGUGGCCUUUUAUUUGCGAAUCUCGGAAGGAGGAAGAGGAGAAUGGAGGAAGAGAAGAAAGGAGGAGAAAAGAGGGAGGGACGAAAGUAGAUGUUGGGAGGAGAGGGAAGGGUGAACA